UACAACGAAACAACCGCAUGGGUAGCCCACAGCUUUUUGUUUCCCAAGAAAACAGAAAAAGAAAUAAAAAAAACAAAACAAAGUUUUGGUCCGCCAUUCACUGCAGGGGUAAAACAGUAAUUCCACUGCCCUACACUCCCUCUCACUCUCACAUUUAAAAGCACUCAAACCCACGCUUUGGUAGCCAGAAGGAAACCGAUAUAUUCAUUGCCUCCAAUUUCCAGACUCUGCCGCCAAAUCACUAUCUCCACCGAUAACUGCCUCUACCACACGCUUUAGUCGGCAGCGCUAAACAAUCUCUCGGAGAGAAAAAGAAAAAAAAAAAAAAAAAAAAAUCACUAACGCCACCCAUAAAUGCCACAACGAUCCAGUUUCUAAUUUCUAACAGUUUUUUGAUAAAUAAAAUCCUCAAAAAAACACUAUUUCCACUAUGUCUCUCUCCAGGCGGUCUUCACUGAGUAAUAGUCCACCUCAACUCGCUGUGUCGACUCAGGAACUCAAGUACCGAGUCAUAACCUGUCUGAACAAGCUCUCCGACCGUGAUACUCUCGCUCUCGCUUCCUCCGAGCUCGAAUCCAUAGCUCGGAGCUUGAACCACGACUCGUUCUCGCCGUUCCUUGCCUGCAUUCACAACACCGAUUCUUCUUCCAAACCACCGGUGAGGAAGCAAUGCGUUCAACUUCUAGGUUUCCUUUCAAGUUCCCAUGGUGAUGCGCUAUCACCGUUCCUUUCUAAGAUGGUUUCCACCGUCGUCCGCCGUCUCCGGGAUCCAGAUUCCGCAGUACGGUCGGCGUGCGUUGAUGCCGUCAGCGCUAUGUCGUCGCAGAUCACGAAACCGCCGUUUUCGGCUUCGUUCUUGAAGCCUUUGAUGGAUACGCUUUCGCUCGAGCAGGAUUUGAACUCGCAGAUUGGGUCGGCCCUCUGCCUCGCUGCGGCGAUCGAAGCGUCGCCGGACCCGGAUGCGGUUCAGUUGAGGAAGAGCUUGCCGCGGUUGGGGAAAUUGGCGAAGAGUGAAGGGUUUAAAGCUAAAGCGGCGUUGCUGGUGCUCGUCGGGAGCAUUGUCGGUGCCGGUGGGGCUUCGAGUCGGGGCGUGUUGGAUUGGUUGGUUCCGAGUGUGGUUGAGUUAUUGAGCAGCGAAGAUUGGGCGGUGAGGAAGGCUGCCGCCGAGACGUUGGGGAGAGUGGCCGUGGCGGAGAAGGAUUUCGCUUCACAGUUCAAAGCUUCGUGUUUGAAUGCCUUGGAAAGUCGCAGAUUUGAUAAGGUGAAAGUAGUCCGGGAGACCAUGAAUCAAACACGGGAUUUGUGGAAGGAGGUCGCUACUGUUGUUUCUGAGGAGAUUUCUGCUCCAGCCCAAUCUAGAUCUUCUUCAAUAGAUAAUGACACUAGCCGAUGCUUCCCUCCGAUUUCUAAAAGUUCUUAUGAUUCCGGUUCCAAGACUCAUCAACCAAAGAAAACAGUCCCCACGAAUAGGGCCCCUCCUCCGUCUGAAGGGUCAUUGGUGAACACUGCCAAAAAAGGAAGUCUUCCAAAGAGUAAUGACAGAAAUUCUAGCACAACUAUCAUGUGUAAGCUGGACCACCCCAAGAAACCCUCUGAUUGGAAGGUUGAAGUUGCUGUUCCAAGUUCAAUGUCUUCGAAGGUGGUUCAUGAGGAUGAUACUGGAAAGAAUGGCUCAAUGGUUCUGGAAUCAGUAAAGGAUGAGCACAGUAGGGAUUCUGUGGUGGAGAAAAAACAUCUCUUCAGCAAGAUCAAUGAGGAAAAAAUGCACAAAUUUGGUGGUUUUAGGUCAGGCUCUCGUGUGGUUCCAGUUCUUGAUGAUGAGGAUCACAACUUGGAUGUUUUAGUCGGCAAUGCCGCAGAGGAAGCUUGUGAGAGCCAGAAGGAUGCGGAAGAUCUGUCUUUGAUUCGUGAACAACUUCUUCAGAUUGAAAACCAGCAGUCCAGUUUGUUAGACCUUCUUCAGAGAUUUAUUGGGAGCUCGCAGAGUGGUUUGAAUUCUUUGGAGACACGUGUACAUGGUCUAGAGAUGGCACUUGAGGAAAUAUCAUAUGAUUUGGCAUUAUCAAGUGGAAGAAUCCCGAACACCGAUUCUGCAGAAAACACAUGUUGCAAGCUUCCUGGUGCAGAAUUUUUGAGCUCCAAGUUCUGGCGCAGAACGGACGGCCGGUAUUCUAAUCAAAGGUUCUCUUCUUCGGGAGUGGUGCCUUCUCUCAAUGCUGUGCACCACAGCAUACUUGAUAGAGAUGCUGGUGCUGAGUUUUAUAAGUCUGAUAGCCGCAGAUUUCAGCACCCAAAUGGGGGUGCAUUUGUUUUGAACCAAUUGGCUGAAGGUCACAACAACUCUAGGGGAAGUAAUGGGGGCUACUCAAACAGAAUGUCAAAGAAUAUACUGCAAGCUGCUGAGAAUGUGCGAGUUUGCAAUGGCAAUGGGCUUGAUGGGGCUCUUGUUAACCUGAGCAGUAGACUGUCUGCUUAGUUGGAGUUGGAAUUGAAGUUGAAGUUUAGAAUACUAAUUUUUGUCGAGGGGCGAGCACAACAGGCAAUUAGAAAAACUGACGACAUGAAAAUGAAUUGUUGUUGCUGAAUGCUGAUCCAUUCUACCAUCAGAGGUGCCAAUCUGAGUUACGCGAUUCGAUAUGGCCUUCAAGGUUCAAACACACAGGAAACAAUUUAAAACAUUUUCAUUUUAUAAAUUUUUAGCAGUGCAAGGUUUUGUAAAUCCUAUUUGUAUUUUUGCACCGUAGCCGUUCGCCAGGUUGAGCUGUACAGAUUAGUGUUUCCAUAAUUCCACGCCAUUUUUUUGGGUUGUUGUU